AUGCUGAAUGUUUGGAUGUAUGAAUGUUGUUCUGAGGUAGACAGUGCGAUAGCUGAGCGGGUCAAAAAUGUAAUUCCACGAAUUUUCAACUGGAAGGUGGUUGGAAUCAAAGUUAAGUAUGAAAAGUUUAUGGGUGAAAUUGCUGCUGGUCGUUCUGGUAAAAGACUUGUUGUUGAUAUACAAUCACAAUCGGACCACGAUAUACAAGGUUUUGAGGAUUUUAGUAUAAUUUUACCUACAGAAAUUCUCAAGAAGACGGGUUUGUUUUUUGAUGCUUUAGCAUCACAACAUACUAAGAGGCGUAGGACAGUUCGUUUUGAUUCCGCAACUAUCGAGGAGCAAGUUUAUCAGAAAACACCAUCUUCUGUUUCUACAAGAACUGUGCCAAUUCAAAAAACACCAUCUUUUGAUUCGGAGCGUGCCGAAAAGACAACUCCAUCAUCAUCAAGCAAGUCAAUUUGUCAGGACAAUUCUGAUGAAAAAUGGAAUGAAAUAAAGUUGUUUUUUUCAGUUGACACAAAAUUCAACUUUCUUCAUGAUCUAAUGGUCAAACAACAUCAGGAAUCCAAUGAAAAAAUGGAUAAACAACAUGCCGAACUCAUCCAAAUGUUGAAACACAACAACCAAAUAAAUGAAAAGGAUCAGAAAGUGGGAAAAGAAAAAACAGGAAAUGUAUCAUCUAAAGAUGAUGUUGAAGAUAUUGAAAUCUUUAAAACCCCGCAAGAAAAAGAAAAAAAGAUUGCCGGCGAGACUGUUAAAUCAAUAGACAUAGACUCUGCUGAUGAUUCAAUGGAUGGUCACUAUUUUAAUUGGAACCGCAGUCCCAUACAAGAACAGUCUGAGGAUGUCGAAGGAUGCUGUGAGGAUAUAGCAACUGUCAGACUAGAUGCUCUUGUUAAAUUUGUGGUAAAUCAGAAUUCAACAAACCCCAAUGUUGGAACACCUUCUACUGUGCAUAUCAAUAAAGAUCACAUGGAUGUUGAAGGAGUUCGUGCUGAUAUUGCGCCAACCACAUUGGAAUAUCUCGUCGCAGUUGUGGAAAAUCUGAAACUUGAUAGUGCUAACGUUGGAACAUCUACUAUGCAGACACUUUCUGAAUCAGCUCAAGUCGAGUUAGAUGCCAUAUUGGAAGGUGUUGCAGCACCAGUGGAUGACCUUCCUAUAGAAGUCGUUCCACCGUCAGAAGCAAUUGUGAACAAACACGACAUCUCUGACAGUCAACUUCCUCCAGAUUUUCCUGAUGCGGUUGCCGAGGCUCAUCAAGCUGCAAAAAUUCUUGCUAAGAGAAUCAGGACGAGAUCCAAAAAUAUUGAUGUCAUUUUCUAUCAUUUGCGGAAGAAAUCAAAAUUAAGGAAUGAUCAAGAUUACAGAUUCACAACAACCAACUAUUUUUUCAAGAACUACAUUGUGAAGACAUACUCCAAUUAUUAUGAAGAUGAUACAGAUACAAUCAUUACUACACAACAAGAUUAUGCUCAAUCUGUUGACGUGGUCCUAAAUGAAGAUGCAAUAACAAAUAUAAUCAAGGGAUAUUGCAUGCCAUCUGAUUUACCAUGGCACCAAAUUGAUGAGGGAUUGUGGAGGUUUGUUGCUGAGUAUGCUGAAUACCUACGUGAAGGAAUGAAUGUGCCUUCAGAUGAUUUUGAAGCAGAAUAUCAUCGAAUACGUUGUGCCAUACUCUUUCGAAAAUAUGGUAUUCAAAAAGCUUAG